AUGAAUAACAAAGCAGGUCCUCGAAUAGACUCCACGACACCCACAUCAUUCUACUGCAGCCCUAAAAGUUAUCAUUAUAUACCAUUCGCCCAAAGGAGAUUUCAGUUGCAAUCAGCGAAUUUUAAAAGACAAACUGGCAAUAAGGACGCAAGCAGUAAGGAUUCACCAGUAUUGUCAGCAAGUUCCAAAGCAGCAUUUGCAAACACAAAUCAACCAAAUCGACCAGUAAAUUUACAAUUCAGAAAUAAUCAGUCACAACUACCCGGUCAACAGCUAAGUAAGAAAUUAAUUAAUUUACCUGAGUCAAAGAUCCGACCUCAAACAUUAAAAUUGGUUUAUAACAAUGACGGCAAAAAAAUGCAAGAAAUAUUGGAUCAGUUCAAAAGUGAAAUCCUUGAUGAUAUCAUCCAGUGUGGUGUUUACACGGAUAGUGUUAUCCAGGAUUGUAUUUCAAGGAACGUAAUGGAAAAUUCAACUCUUCCAAUGGCGAAUUUACUGGAAGCAGUUACUGGAUUACUCAGAGAUAUUGGUAUAUUCAGCAUCGAAAUGAAUGAGAUGACUUGGAUGGCGAGUUCAGAACCUACAGGUGAUGGACUGCUUGAUUAUGAGGACGAAGAGUUUGAGAGUGAUGAAGGUGAAUCUUUAUCUAUGAUUCGAUCUGUAGAAAGUGAUUCAGAUAAAUUGACAAGAGAAGAUAAGUCUCUAAUAUCGAAUUUCGGAUCAGUAUCGGUCAGGACUACUGAUUCAUUGAUUAUAUCAAGCAUUUCUUCCAUAACUGAUACAUCUCAUUAA